CUUCGUGCAGCAAUCAGGCUGAACAAUUAUCGAUGCGAAAGACCCGACACUGUCAGUGUCUUUAGCAUUGUAAGUGCAAGAUAGACGAGAGACUGUCUUGGAAUGUCCACUAUCUCGCCCGGACCUGAAGGGUCCGAGACAUGUGCAGCGCCAAGCUGUGAGAAGGCCCGCCGCGCCCCCUCCGCUGCGCCGAUGACUACGAAAGUCACAGCAGCGUACAUCAAGGCUACCCAUCCUGGACCACCUGGAGAACAAGCCAGCCAUUGGGUCAUCUGGACCUGGAUCCAUGGAGCGCGAGGCGCCCUCAGUGGAUCACCAUGGGGAGCCGCUGCCUUCCCCUACGUGAGUUGCAUAGAGCACACCUCUAGGGAUGCAGCCUCGCGCAGGCAAGAGUGUGUUUGAUUUUUUUUUGAUUUUUGGUGAACUUUUAGGAGGAAGGAGGAAAGGAACUCGGUAGCAUAGAAUCAUUGAAAGGGGCAACCUUGCUGGACGACAGGACAGUCACAUGACAACAGUCUCAGAUCACAGCUUUGGGUUCGGAAUAUGGACACUGCGUUGGACAUUGUUUUUUUCUUUUUUUCUCAAGGGUUGCUUGCUCGGGUACGAGGUGUUUUGGAGUUUGUCUGCUUGACGUCAUUCAAGAGGAUGUUUUGCUGGACUUGUUUUGUUGGAAAAUUGAAAAGAAGAAAAAAAGUAUGAAUGCAACUGUUUUUC